UGCUCAGACUCUCCAGGGACGAUGCUGCCUUACCGGAGGGAGAGUCCUGCCGUGCCCUGCUGCCCGGUGCGGGGAGGAAGGGUGCUGCACGGGCCCCAGUUCACCUACUGCCCCAGCCCUCAAGCUCUGCACAGGCUGCCCGGUGCCCAUGCCUACCCGUUCGCUGUCGGUGCCGUGGCGCACCCUGACCACAGCUUCCUGUGCCCCGGCUCGCCGGGGCGGCUGGUGGAGGGCAUGGAGCGGUACGAGCUGGACACGCUCCCCGCCAGGCCCUGGCAGGGGCCCCGGCUGCCCUUGGAUGAGCUGCAGAAGCCAGGGCUGGGGUGCUGGGAGAGGGUCCAGUCCAUCUGUGUCUCCCUUCUCAAGGUGCCCCUGAUGUUCGGCUUCCUGUACCUCUUCGUGUGCUCCCUGGACGUGCUCAGCUCUGCGUUCCAGCUGGCUGGAGGCAAGGUAGCCGGUGACAUCUUCAAAGACAAUGCCAUCCUCUCCAACCCUGUAGCCGGGCUCGUGGUGGGCAUCUUGGUGACUGUGCUGGUGCAGAGCUCCUCCACCUCCACCUCCAUCAUCGUCAGCAUGGUCUCCUCAGGGCUGCUGGAGGUGCGCUCUGCCAUUCCCAUCAUCAUGGGCUCCAACAUUGGCACCUCUGUCACCAACACCAUCGUGGCCCUCAUGCAAGCUGGCGAUCGCAGUGAAUUCAAACGGGCCUUCGCCGGCGCCACAGUGCACGACUGCUUCAACUGGCUGUCAGUGCUGGUCCUGCUGCCGCUAGAGGUGGCAAGCGGGUACCUGCACCAUGUCACUCGCCUGGUCGUGGCCACCUUCAACAUCCGCAGUGGGAAGGACGCCCCUGACCUGCUGAAGAUCAUCACGGAGCCCUUCACCAGGCUUAUCAUCCAGCUGGACAAGACGGUGAUCACAGGCAUCGCAACAGGGGACGAGAGCAUGCGCAACCGGAGCCUCAUCCGCAUGUGGUGUGGGCAUGCACCCCUGCAGACUCCCGCCAUGGAGCUUGGGGCCCCCCCAAACUGUACAGCCCCUGGCCACUGUGGCACCAACGGCACUGAGAGCUUCCGCAACGUCACGGGGCAGAAAUGUGGGCACCUCUUCACGGACACGCCACUGCCGGACCUGGCUGUGGGGCUGGUGCUGCUUGCUGGGUCCCUCAUUGUGCUCUGCACCUGCCUUAUCCUCCUGGUCAAACUUCUCAACUCCCUGCUCAAGGGGCAGGUGGCCAAAGCUGUCCAGAAGGUCAUCAACACAGACCUCCCACACCCGCUCAGCUGGCUCACUGGGUACUUCGCCAUGGUGGUGGGCGCUGGGAUGACCUUCGUGGUGCAGAGCAGCUCCGUCUUCACCUCAGCCAUCACACCUCUGAUUGGCCUGGGGGUGAUCAGCAUAGAGCGUGCCUACCCGCUAACCCUCGGCUCCAACAUCGGCACCACCACCACUGCCAUCCUGGCUGCCCUGGCCAGCCCUGGGGACAAGCUGGCCAGCUCCUUCCAGAUCGCCCUCUGCCACUUCUUCUUUAACAUCUCCGGCAUCCUGCUGUGGUACCCGCUGCCCUUCACUCGCCUCCCCAUCCGCAUGGCCAAGGCGCUGGGCGAGCGCACGGCCAAGUACCGCUGGUUCGCCGUGCUGUACCUCAUCGUCUGCUUCCUCCUGCUGCCCUCGCUGGUCUUCGGCAUCUCCAUGGCGGGCUGGCGGGUGCUGGUGGGGGUGGGCGCACCCUUCCUCGGCCUCCUCUUCUUCGUGGGGCUGGUCAAUGCCCUGCAGCGGCGCAGCCCCAGGCGCCUGCCCAAGUGGCUGCAGACCUGGGACUUCCUCCCAGCCUGGAUGCACUCGCUGCAGCCCCUCGACAGCCUCAUCACGCGGGCCACGCUGUGCUGCACCGACCGCUGCCGCAGCCCCGACGGCUGGGACGAGCACGACGGCGCCCUGGCCCCCGCCGGCCCCCACGACAAGGCCAGGCUGGGCCUCGACAACCCCGCGCUCUCCCACCCGGAGGAGGGUCCCAGCCCUGCCGCCCAGCUGGGGUCCCCUCGCCUGCCCCCGCACGGGGCCACCCGCCUCUAG